AUGAUGCGAGUGGUGUUCCAGAUUCACCAGGACCACCUGUCCUCAAUGCACUUGUGCAAGACAUCCUCGGAUAAAAUCUUCGAAAAAUCUCUGGAGCUCAACAGGCUCGGCUUCUGCAAUGCAGCCAGCCGGGCCACAGACUUCCUGGGAAUCUUUGCAGAUGGGCCGGACUGCGAGAAGUGUUUGGCUGUUUUUGAGGUCACCGACGAGGGACAACAUGGGGACGCGGGCAAAGUUUGGCCUGAGCUGAAGUCUCGUGCUGAGAGGUUGCUGUGGAUGAUCAGCGACGGCUGCAACAAGCAGUACACCGGAUUGACCCGCGGUAUGAAGGCAUGCAGUGCAAUCCUCAAGUCCAUUGACCUCCUCAUUCUUCGGCCGGAGGGAGCCUUGAUGCCGCAUUUGGGAAAGCUGGUUCGCCUCUUCGAUUUUCUCAUCAGCAUGGAGAUGUCGGACCAGUGCCCCAGCAGGCCCACGUGUGGGCGGUUCAAAGACAGAUCGAGUGUGUUCAUCCCAUUUUCGAAAGAAAUUAGGUACCUCUGGGAGCAGGCCUGUGUGGUCCCUGCCUUGGUGGUUCAUUUGCUGGGACACUGUGUCGCUGGCGACGAACAUCGAUCUGCAGAGUUGUUGAUGUUUGACAACACCAUGUUCAGCGUCGGCCUUCAGAACUGCCUCAGUGCUGAUGCUCGCAGAGCUCACCGCGAUAAUGUAAUCGCAAGAAACGAGACCGGAUCGACGGAAGUGAACAGCACAAUUCGCCUACAAAAUGCAGCUUUGUUCUGCUUGUCUGCACUCGGCCUGCCACAGUCGUCAGCGGAGUUGCAAGAUAAAGGAUGCAUAUUGGAGAAGAAGGAACGCGCAGUCGGUCGACUGCACCCGGAUGAUGCUGCACGACUUCUGCGCUUGCUCGGAACGAAGAGAGAUGGCGAAGAGGAAGCAGUGGGUGGAUUACAAGCACAUCCCGCUGUUUUUCCUGCUUACACCCUUAUGUGUGUGGUGGCGUUGAAGCGCGAGCUUUGUAUCAAGGCCGCAUCACCGAGCUUUCAAGCUCUUAUCGUGAAUGAGUCCAAUCUUCCGAACGUGUAUGUGAGCCUGGAAGACUUCACCGUGUGUGUACAAGUCCGCACAAAGUCAGGUAGGCUGGAGUCAGCACAAUCCUCCAUAUCGAUUGUGGACCAGGCGAUGCCAGUAGCAGUGACGGUUGUUGUGGAUGGGUUGCUGGUCUUCCUGUAUUUAAACGGAAAGGAGGCGCUGGACCAGCCCAAGAGGCUUUCAGACUAUGCCGCAGAGGUCCAGGCCGGUGAAAUUCUCUGCGGCCGGUCGAUGAAGGCCGUGCAGGCCUUGGAGCGUGGGGAACUUCGCAAGGAGGAGGAUCCGGUCCUUGCAGGGGUGAUGCUGAUGAUGCGCUUCUUCCCGCGCGCGAUGGUCGCCUACGAAGUGGACUCCAAAAUGGGAGUGGCACGCAGCCAGGCUGCCAAAGUGCUCAAGCGGAAGCCGGGUAGUGCAUCCGAUGAAAUCCCUCUAACCGUGUACAACAUCAUUGAAGUGACUCAGCUUGUCAUCCAGUUCACGCAUGUUCAGCUCAGCGACGAGUCUUUGGCAGCCAUGGGCAAGAAGAAAGCCGGACUGCAGGAGGUGUUGGACCCCGACACUAUCAUGUGGAUGGUGCUGGCACUUGGCACAGCUGCCAUCUACCUCCCGCACCAGCAUCCAAAGUUUCUUGAGCUGAUCAAACAGCCGUUUGUCAAGGUGAUGCAAAUGAUAGCUGGCAUCAUUGAUGGUGCGAGCUCCAAACAGCAACUUUCCAAUUACGAGCAGGCAUUCAUUGCAGCUUGUACGGUUUAUGUCGCAUUUGUGCUGGCUUCGCCGCGUGGCAAGAACAUAAUGCAAGACGACCUAGCCGCAAAACUGAUCAUCAAGAUGAAUGCGUUCAGCGACAGUCCUAUUGACUUUAGCGACUACGACGUCAUCAAGAACUGCCAGAGCGUGUCAUCCAGGGUUGCAGUGCUCAUCUUACGAGCGAGGCAGGAGACCCCCGCAACGCUGGCGCUAGUCCUUGAUGCUGUCAUCACCCGAAUCGUGAACGAAGAUGGCGUCAUAUUCAAGGAGGACCUGCAGGAGUUUCUCGUUGACCAGGGUCUCGGAGCCGUGGUUCAGGUGCUCCACUUCGUGGGGAGGGGCUUGUUGAACAUCGAGCGUCGUGAGCGAGAUCGAAAGAAAAUGACGGCUUGGCUUACCACCGGUGAGAACGAGGAGCGCGCUCGACAAGAGAAGGCUGAUCGACUGGCCCUAGAACAAGUGGGCACCCUUGCGGCGCGAAUGCACCGCCAGCUAUUCCUACAGCUGCAUCACGUCAUGGACGAGGUGAUCCACGGACUGCCCUUGGACGAAGUAUCUAUGCUUAGCUUGGUUAGAAUGGUCGGAACAGUGCUGGAGGUCCCGCAGGUCAUUUUCCUGCCGGCUAAAUCACUGCGAGCAGAGCGCAUGCAAGACAUAGAGGUCGCAGAAGGCAUGCCAUACGAGUGCUGGCGCAACGUUUCCGAGCUCUCCUGUGACAAGCUGCGGGUUUGGACUGAGAAGUUCUACCCCAUGUCUUUGCGGACCUUCGGCGAGGUGUCCACCAUGCUGGAGGACUUGCAGGAGCAAGUGGUCGUCCGUGAUCGACGGCACAUCAGUUCUCCUCGUUUGGAGAUUGGAGCUAUGUCGCUGGCACCUGAGACCCGGAUGCUACACGUGUGA